AAUAGAGUGUGCCGCUGUCGUGUGCGGAGCGAUCGUUUCGGAGUUUUUCGUGUGUUUGAAAAAAGUGUUUAGUGACAACCAGCAAACUGUUUGCGCCAACGGAAGAUAUGUUGACGAUGGAAACGGACCUCAAAGGAGGCAGUUUGCACGGGAACAUUCCCCCGCAUCAUUCGUUACAAAAUUACGGUUCUUUGAGUGCUUUAAGUCAAGCUCCGAUGCACGGUUUAACCCAACACCCCCAUCAGAUACACCAUCAACCGCAAGGACCGCAAAUACAUCAUCAACAUCAACACCAAACGCAAAAUCAUCAUCAUCAACAACAACAACAACAACAACAGCAACAACAACAGCCGACACAAAAUAAUAAUAAUAAUUCGUCGAAAGCUCAAAAUAUGGAAAGAGUGAAAAGACCUAUGAACGCUUUUAUGGUGUGGUCGAGAGGACAAAGGAGGAAAAUGGCGCAGGAAAAUCCGAAAAUGCACAAUUCGGAAAUAUCGAAAAGAUUGGGCGCCGAAUGGAAAUUAUUGAGCGAAUCGGAAAAACGACCGUUCAUAGACGAGGCCAAACGAUUGCGAGCUGUCCAUAUGAAGGAACAUCCCGAUUACAAAUACCGACCGAGACGCAAAACAAAAACCCUAUUGAAAAAAGACAAAUACCCUUUGGGCGGUUCGGGAUUAUUAUCGAAUUCGGAUCCGAGUAGAACCGCUCCCGCAUCCGUACAACAACAAGUAGCGGCGGCGCGCGAAAUGUACCAAAUGCCCAACGGGUACAUGCCGAACGGGUACAUGAUGCACGAUCCGACCGCCUACCAACAACAAUACACCACCGCGAACUACCCCAGGUACGAUAUGGGGCAGAUGCAGCACAAUUACAUGAACGGCGGUUACGGUUCGUACACGACCACGGUGCCGAAUAGUGCGGGUUCGCCGUACGGGAUGCACCAGGCGGGAUCGUCGCACAGUCCAUCGGGUUCUAGUAUCAAAUCGGAACCGGUGAGUCCCAGUUCGGGUUUGCAUACGCCGACGCCGGCCGGCAUCAAAAGGGAAUAUUCGGGACAACCGCAACAGGGGGAUCUCCGCCAAAUGAUAUCGAUGUACCUGCCUACCGACGGAGGUGUCCAACACAUGCAACACCAAUAUAGCGGCUCGCCGGAUCCGAUGGUGCAAGGACCUUUGGCUCCGCUGACGCACAUGUGAGAACCGCUAUUUGUGGCGCAGGACAUUGAUGUGCCGCAACUGUGAAUUUUUCCUUUUUUUUUUUUCUUUUUCGUCCUUUUUUCAUUUCUUUUUUCUCUUUAUGUGUGUACAUAAAACUAUAUAGAUAACUACUAUUUACUAUAAUGUAUCAGUUAUUAAGUUUCUCGGCUGAUAUCCAGGUAUGACACGAUGAUUUUUUUAUAUUUUAUUUUUAUUUUUUUCUAUUUUUUCUUUUUCAUCAAAAAGUAUAUUUUGGAAUAUCCGCGUUCGUAAAACGCGUUCGUUUAUACACCUUUGUUUUUUCUGGUAAUUUCGAGCUUAGAAAUCGCUAAUUGAAACCUUCGAAAUAAUAAACUAAGUUCGUAUUCUUCAAAUAAUUGAAAUUUUCGGAGUUUAUUUUUCAAUUUUACAUCAGAAUCAUCUUUCGAACUUCAAUAAUUACCAGGUGGCGGUCUUGUCGAAACUAGACGAUUUUUCGACGCUAAAAAAAUAUUUUCAACUUCCGUUUUAAUGAAAUUAAUCGUUUCAAGACGGAAAUUUAUAAAAAAAAUAUUGUAGGAAAUGGGAAUAGCUUCAAUUUAAGCUUUAAAGUUGAUUCAAAAAUCUUAAAUCUCUGUAAUAUGAAAAAAAAAUGUUCAAUAUCAAAUUUGCGCAAAAGUUUAAUAGUUUUAUAGAAUUAUAUGCAUUACAAGUUUUCAGAAUAUACUGAAAUCUCUAUAUUUUGCACCGGAUUCAGCUUUUUCAGUUCUAUGAUUAUCGAAAUACAGUCUAUCAAAAUUAAAAAAUUUUCCGAGAGAACGGAAAACUUUCGACAUUCAUUUCCAUAGAAAUAAUCGUUUUAAGAAAAAAAUUAUAAGAUAAAAUGUCUUCAAUUCAAGUAUAAAAUGGCGUCUGUAGGCCUUAUAGUUAAUUACCAAAUCUCAAAAAUGUAAAAUACAAAAAUUGAAAUUUUAUAAUCGUUUGUUAGUCUUUAAAGAACGAUUUACAUUGGAAGUUCCUAAAAGAUACUGGAAUCGGUAUACUUUUGCUUUAAAAUCAAUUUUUUCACUAUGUACUUUCUGAGAUACAGCCCAUCAAAAUUAAACAAUUUUUUUAUAGAAAAAUAAACUUUCGAUAGCGAUUUCUAUGAAAAUAAUCGUUUUAUGAGAAAAAAUAUGAGAUAGAAACUUGUAGCUAAUGAAAAUGUCUUCAAUUUAAGCAUAAAAUGGCGUCUGUAGGCCUUAUAGUUAACUCACAAACUUCAAAAAUCUAAAAAAACAAAAAAAAAAUUGAUUAAUUAAACUUUCAUAAUCGUUUGUUGGUCUUUGAAAAAAACUGUGUACAUUAAAAGUUACUAAAAGAUACUGAAAUCGUUGUAAUUCUGUUAUAAAAUUAGCUUUUUUUACUAUAUACUUUCCGAGAUACGGUACAUCAAAAUUAAACAAUUUUUUUAUAGAAAAAUAAACUUUCGACGCUAAUUUCUAUGAAAAUAAUCGUUUUAUGAGAAAAAAUAUGAGAUAGAAACUUGUAGCUAAUGAAAAUGUCUUCAAUUUAAGCAUAAAAUGGCGUCUGUAGGCCUUAUAGUUAAUUACCAAAUCUCGAAAAUCAAAAAAACAAAAAAUUUUGGUCAAAUAAAAUUUCAUAAUUUUUUGUUGGUCCCAAGCUCCCAAAGAAUACAGAAAUCGGUGUAAUUUUGUUAUAAAAUCAGCCUUUUCUACUAUAUACUUUCCGAGAUACAGUACAUCAAAACUAAACAAUUUUUUGAAACAAAAAUAAACUUUCGACGCUGAUUUCCAUGAAAAUAAUCGUUUUAUGAGAAAAAUUAUAACUUAAAAUGUUGUAGCUAAUGAAAAUGUCUUCAAUUUAAGUAUAAAAUGGCGCCUUUAAACCUCAUAGUUAACUCACAAAGUUCAAAAAUCUAAAAAACAAAAAAAUUGAUUAAUGAAAUUUUCAUAAUCGUUUGUUGGUCUUUGAAAAAAACUGUGUACAUUAAAAGUUACUAAAAGAUACUGAAAUCGUUGUAAUUCUGUUAUAAAAUUAGCUUUUUUUACUAUAUACUUUCCGAGAUACGGUACAUCAAAAUUAAACAAUUUUUUAAUAGAAAAAUAAACUUUCGAUAGCGAUUUUCAUGAAAAUAAUCGUUUUAUGAAAAAAAAUAUGAGAUAGAAACUUGUAGCUAAUGAAAAUGUCUUCAAUUUAAGCAUAAAAUGGCGUCUGUAGGCCUUAUAGUUAAUUACCAAAUCUCGAAAAUCUAAAAAACAAAAAAGAAAAAAUAUUGCUUAAUUCAUAAUAGUUUGUUAGUUUUCAAAGAAAAACUAUGUACAUUGAAAGUUUCGUUCCUAAAAGAUACUGAAAUCGGUGUAAUUAUGUUACAAAAUCAGCCUUUUCUACUAUAUACUUUCCGAGAUACGGUACAUCAAAACUAAACAAUUUUUUAAAACAAAAAUAAACUUUCGACGCUGAUUUCCAUGAAAAUAAUCGUUUUAUGAGAAAAAUUAUAACUUAAAAUGUUGUAGCUAAUGAAAAUGUCUUCAAUUUAAGCAUAAAAUGGCGUCUGUAGGUAUCAUAAUUAACUCACAAAUCUCAAAAAUCUAAAAAAAA